UCUUUCCCCCACUUCGAUGAUUGGGAGGUCAUCUUCGGGAAAGACAGGGCAUGUGGUGGUGAUGCCCAGUCUUUCGCAGACGCGGCGCAGGAUGUACAGCAAGACCCGCCGUACGAAGAAUACGAUGAGAUCCCUUCGCAGACCACGCAACCUACCCAUGGCCCGGGCAAUGAUGCCAGUCAGUCGUCGGGUACGACAUCUGAAAGUAAUUCCAAGAGAGGGGGGAAGACGAGGGGCACAAAAAGAAG